CAAUGAUGUAUGAAUGAUAUGUGAAUGUGUCUACGGGGAGGGGGGACACACAGCUACCCUCUCUGCGCCUAACAACUAUCACCACCGUCUAAUAUGAAAUGUCAUAAUGUCUUUUUUUUGUUUGAUCGAAGAGGAAACCUUUUGAGGUUUAAUACAUUUUGGAAUUGUAUCUCUAAUAUCUCAUAUAAAAGUUGAUAGCCAAUAGUUCACUAGAAAGACCUUGGCUAUUUAUCUAAUAUAACGGUUAUUACUGUAAAACGGUGGCAAGUAGCAAUCCUGUACUAACCUGCGUCUCUACUGUACGUGCCUCUAUGGCAGGUCCUUUCUUCUGGGCUGGUCUGGGUCCAAUCCUGUCCUAACCUGCGUCUCUACUGUACGUGCCUCUAUGGCAGGUCCUUUCUUCUGGGCUGGUCUGGGUCCAAUCCUGUCCUAACCUGCGUCUCUACUGUACGUGCCUCUAUGGCAGGUCCUUUCUUCUGGGCUGGUCUGGGUCCAAUCCUGUCCUAACCUGCGUCUCUACUGUACGUGCCUCUAUGGCAGGUCCUUUCUUCUGGGCUGGGUCCAAUCCUGUACUAACCUGUGUCUCUACUGUACGUGCCUCUAUGGCAGGUCCUUUCUUCUGGGCUGGGUCCAAUCCUGUACUAACCUGUGUCUCUACUGUACGUGCCUCUAUGGCAGGUCCUUUCUUCUGGGCUGGUCUGGGUCCAAUCCUGUACUAACCUGUGUCUCUACUGUACGUGCCUCUAUGGCAGGUCCUUUCUUCUGGGCUGGUCUGGGUCCAAUCCUGUCCUAACCUGUGUCUCUACUGUACGUGCCUCUAUGGCAGGUCCUUUCUUCUGGGCUGGUCUGGGUCCAAUCCUGUCCUAACCUGUGUCUCUACUGUACGUGCCUCUAUGGCAGGUCCUUUCUUCUGGGCUGGGUCCAAUCCUGUACUAACCUGUGUCUCUACUGUACGUGCCUCUAUGGCAGGUCCUUUCUUCUGGGCUGGUCUGGGUCCAAUCCUGUACUAACCUGUGUCUCUACUGUACGUGCCUCUAUGGCAGGUCCUUUCUUCUGGGCUGGUCUGGGUCCAAUCCUGUACUAACCUGUGUCUCUACUGUACGUGCCUCUAUGGCAGGUCCUUUCUUCUGGGCUGGUCUGGGUCCAAUCCUGUCCUAACCUGUGUCUCUACUGUACGUGCCUCUAUGGCAGGUCCUUUCUUCUGGGCUGGGUCCAAUCCUGUACUAACCUGUGUCUCUACUGUACGUGCCUCUAUGGCAGGUCCUUUCUUCUGGGCUGGGUCCAAUCCUGUACUAACCUGUGUCUCUACUGUACGUGCCUCUAUGGCAGGUCCUUUCUUCUGGGCUGGUCUGGGUCCAAUCCUGUACUAACCUGUGUCUCUACUGUACGUGCCUCUAUGGCAGGUCCUUUCUUCUGGGCUGGGUCCAAUCCUGUACUAACCUGUGUCUCUACUGUACGUGCCUCUAUGGCAGGUCCUUUCUUCUGGGCUGGGUCCAAUCCUGUACUAACCUGUGUCUCUACUGUACGUGCCUCUAUGGCAGGUCCUUUCUUCUGGGCUGGUCUGGGUCCAAUCCUGUACUAACCUGUGUCUCUACUGUACUUGCCUCUAUGGCAGGUCCUUUCUUCUGGGCUGGUCUGGGUCCAAUCCUGUCCUAACCUGCGUCUCUACUGUACGUGCCUCUAUGGCAGGUCCUUUCUUCUGGGCUGGUCUGGGUCCAAUCCUGUCCUAACCUGCGUCUCUACUGUACGUGCCUCUAUGGCAGAUCCUUUCUUCUGGGCUGGUCUGGGUCCAAUCCUGUCCUAACCUGCGUCUCUACUGUACGUGCCUCUAUGGCAGGUCCUUUCUUCUGGGCUGGGUCCAAUCCUGUACUAACCUGUGUCUCUACUGUACGUGCCUCUAUGGCAGGUCCUUUCUUCUGGGCUGGGUCCAAUCCUGUACUAACCUGUGUCUCUACUGUACGUGCCUCUAUGGCAGGUCCUUUCUUCUGGGCUGGUCUGGGUCCAAUCCUGUCCUACUCUCGGUUCAUCUGGAGCGGAAUAGGAACAGCCUGUAACUACUACAACAAGAGAUAUGGGAGUAUGGUUCGGGUCUGGAUCAACGGAGAAGAGACUCUCAUUCUUAGCAAGUCCUCUGCUGUCUACCAUGUCCUGAAGAGUGCCCACUACACAGCCCGGUUCGCCAGUAAACGAGGACUGCAGUGUAUCGGGAUGGACGGGAGAGGUAUCAUCUUCAACAGUGACAUCCCACUCUGGAAAAAAAUGAGGACAUAUUUUGCGAAAGCUCUGACAGGGCCUGGACUGCAGCGGACAGUAGGGAUCUGUGUGAGUGCAACAGACAGGCACCUGGAGCGUCUGCAGGAGAUGACUGAUCCCUCUGGACACAUAGAUGUUCUCAACCUGCUGAGAUGCAUCGUAGUGGACAUUUCUAACAAACUGUUCCUCAGGGUGCCUCUCAACGAGAAAGAGCUGCUAUUGAAGAUUCAACACUACUUUGACACCUGGCAAACGGUUCUGAUCAAGCCUGAUAUCUUCUUCAAAUGUGGAUGGAUGUACAAGAGGCAUCAACAAGCAGCCAAGGAGCUACAGGAUGUGAUGGAAAGCCUUAUCGAAACCAAAAGAAGAAUGAUCAGUGAAGCUGAAAAACUGGAUGAUGAUAUUGACUUCACCUCAGAACUCAUCUUCGCCCAGAACCAUGGAGAGCUGUCGGCGGACGACGUGAGACAGUGUGUGUUGGAGAUGGUGAUAGCAGCCCCAGACACUCUGUCCAUCAGUCUGUUCUUCAUGCUCAUGCUGCUGAAGCAGAACCCUGAGGUGGAGAUGAGGAUUGUAGAGGAGAUCAGCACUCUCAUAGGAGAGAAGGAUGUAAUGACAGUUGACUUCCAGAACUUCAGAGUGCUGGAGAGUUUUAUCAAUGAGUCCAUGAGGUUCCAUCCUGUGGUAGACUUCACCAUGAGGAAGGCGCUGGAAGAUGACGUCAUCGAUGGGACCAAGGUUUCCAAGGGAACCAACAUCAUCCUCAACAUAGGGCUCAUGCACAAAACUGAGUUCUUCCCCAAACCCAACGAAUUCAGCUUGGAAAACUUUGAUAAAACUGUGCCCAGUCGUUUCUUCCAGCCGUUCGGCUGUGGCCCCCGCUCCUGUGUGGGUAAACACAUUGCCAUGAUGAUGAUGAAGGCUGUCCUGGUGACGCUGUUGUCGCGGUACACGGUGUGUCCUCGUCAUGGCAACACACUGAGCAGCAUCAGGCAGACAAACAACCUGUCACAGCAACCCGUGGAGGAUGAACACAGUCUGGCAAUGAGGUUCAUACCAAGACAGAUGACCAUAACCUAACCUCAACACUACUGACCACCACCACUACUGACCACCACCACUAUUGACCACAACCACUAUUGACCACAACCACUACUGACCACCACCACCACUACUGACCACCACCACCACUACUGACCACAACCACCACUACUGACCACAGCCACUACUGACCACUACAACCAAUAUAACCUGUCCUGAUCCAAAAACCUGUCACAGCAACCUGUUGAGAAUGAACAUGAACACAGCCUGACCAUGAGGGUCAUACCCAGAAUGACACAAGCAGCCUCCACUGACCACAACCAGCCACCACUGACCACAACCAGCCUC